UUGUCAGAACCUCAGGCAGCGUCUAGCCAGAGAACGAGAGCUCAGCGUGGAGCGCACACUGUAGAGCUACUACUACCAAAAAAGAGAGACAUUAAAUAAAUAAACCAGUCAUCAGAGAAGGGAGAAACUUUUCUUUUGUUGUUUUGCUUUCUUUCUGUGCCGCACGAGAAGGCAGGAGCGAUGUUGCAUUUCAGCAGAACGUUCGAGAAUGAAAAGCUGCAGCUUCAGGAGUUGAAUAAGAGGCUCAGCCAGUACCUGUCCCGGGUGAAGCAGCUGGAGCUGGAGAACGCCUCCCUCCUCACGGAGAUCAACACUCUGAGGCAGGAGAGGACAGGGGAGUGGGAGCAGCAGCAGCACAUGGAGGAGCUGCGGGAGCUCCGUAGAGUGGUGAACCAGCUGGCUCUUGAGAAAGCCCAAGCCGAGAUGGAGCGAGAGAGGCUGCGCAGAGAAUUCCAGCUGCUGCAGGAGCUGAUCUGCCAGGAGAGUGGUGCAUGCAGGGACAUCCACGGGGAGCUGACAGGGUGUGACAAGCACCUCCAGCAAGCCUGCUUGAAGAACCUCGCCCUGGAGGAGCACCUCCUGAAGCUGCAGAGGGAGCAACAAGCCCUGGAGGACAGCCAUAGACAAGAGAUCUGUGCGCUCCGAGAGCAGCUCUGCUCCAGAUUCGUGCCCAUGAUCACCCAACGGGGCCAAGGAUCCCCGGCACUAACCCUGGAGGAGGUGGAGGAGUACAUGCUGAGCCUAUCCCAGGCCUGGGCCCACACCGUGGAGCUGCACCGCACGAGGGUUGAGGAGCUGGAGGAGUCCCUGCGGCUGGACCAACAGAGGCAGGAGGAGCUGGGCAGAGAGAAGAGGCAGAGCGCCGCUCAGCUGGAGAAGCUGCGUGAGGAGAUGCACAGGCAGAGCCACAUCCAGGAGGGACUGGAGAGCGAGUUCAUCAGCCUGCAGGAGAGCUGCUACCAGGAGCUGCAUGACUACCAGGUGCUGAUUGAGCAGCUGGAGGAGGAGAGGAGAGAGCUGAGCGUCGCCAUCGCAGAGAAGCUGAAGGACCACCAGGAGCUCAUGCAGGUGAAGAUGGGGCUCAGCAUGGAGGUCGCCGCCUACAGGGCACUGCUAGAGGGGGAGAAGAGGGAAACAUACCUUUGGACAGACCAGCAUGUGAGACAAGCACCCAGAAAUGGAGGUAUUGGAAAGCCAGCCCACACAUACACGGUAAAGCACUCAGCGGUGAAGAGGGAGGACGGAAGGAAACCGUUUCCAUUCAGCUCACACACAGACGUUAGAUAUGAGGAACGUGCCUCCAGUGCAAGCACAGUCUCAAGGCCAGGUCAGGUCAGAACCUAUGAAGCGAGCAGAACAGUUCCAAGUGGUUUCUCAGAGAGAGUCCUGCUGGGUGGUACCCAAGUGCCUUCUGCUGCCAGAAAAGUUGUCUCAUCAUCUGCAAGAACCAUACAGGUCUCCUCUAGUUCAUCCAGGGCAGUUCCCCAGCAGGCCGAAAGAAAGAGCGUUGAAAUUAAACCAAGGGUGUUGGUCGAGAAGACCAUGAGAUCAACAGAGGUGACCACACAUCCUGCCAGAGAUUCUGCUAUUAACCUUCAGAGAUCCAGCAACGAGAACAGAGCAGGGCCACCUACUGCAGAUCAGAAGCCGACACCAGAGGACAUAACCAACAAGAGGAUUGUUACAUCACCCGUCAAGGCACCUCAAGAUCCAGAAUCUGCUGACGAAAGCAAGGUAAAGAUUACGGAGGUCACAAUCGCCAGGAAAGAGUCAACUGAAGAGGAAUCUGUGGACCUUAACGGAUUCAGAGUCAACAAGGGACAGGUUCCAGAGAACAAAGAGGUGAAAACCACACUUCAGGGACUCCAGGUUCAAAACGGCACUGGUGCACAAAAACAAGGCUUUGGAGAAGAUCAUCCAGGGGGUCAAACUGCUGCUAAAUACUUCAGUGAGCAGCAGAUUCAAAUUGAUAAAAAACAUAAGGAACAGAUUGCAGGUGCAAGUCCAGAAGAUGAAAAAAGAUCUAUAACAGAGGAAACAGUCUUGGAUACCAUAACCAUGGAAGACAUUCUUCAGCAGGUGGUAAAUCCGUCUGGUUUGCAGACGACACUCAGCUCCUCUCCCGACUCUAAGGUCACCUACCACGUUGAAAAGACAGAGGUGGAAGAUGGAACAACCAAGACCCAGAUUUUCUUACAGUCUACCGUGCGGGAGGACCUGGACACAUCCAACGAUUCCGUUCUGGAGGAGCUGCUAAAUAAGGACGUGAAAAGAACUGCUUUAGAGGAUAUCAGAGGAACCCCGACAGGAAGCAUGAUUGAAAACCUUCUCAGCCUGGGCAUGACCGGAUGGGAGAAUCGGGAGAACAUGGCAGUCAAUGUCGAGAUUAUCGAGGAACCACUGGAAAAUCAAAGCGAUGAAGAAAAAGAGGAAAAGCUCUCAUCGACAUUCUUUCAGAUCGAGGAGCUUGAAAACGCUCCCCUGGAUGUUAAAGAGUCUGUGGGCAGUGAAGAGGUGCUGAACGUAACCAUGACAGCUGAAGAGCUGAGGAAGAGGCAGUUUUCAGACAGGGACCCAUCCUUUCAAACCUGGGUCCAGGAAAAUGAGUAUUUUGUGUCCAUGCCAGAUGAUUACACGUCUGAACAUCAGGAAAGCGGCCUUUCAUCUUUCGACUGCUAUGGAACGAGACAGGAGUGGUCAGGAGACGAAAGGUACUGGCAAGAGGAGCCAGGACCCAACCAGGAGCAAAGCUUCACUGAUACAGUGAUGAAACAUUACAGGAGAGAACCUCAGGCUUCAGAGCCAAGAGCAGAGUUUGACAGAGCAGAGCUCGAUAAGCAGACUUCGUCUGAGUGCGUCAUAGAAGAAGAAAUCAAGGUUCCACGUAAAGUUCAAGAAUCAGUGUUGGAACGGCUGAGAGAGGAUGGGGACAGUCCAAAAGAGCAGCUGAAAGGGACUUUUGAGCAACUGAAAGGAACGGCGUCUGACAAUUUGACAGAGGAGCUGGCUAUGUUAACCAGCAACAGACAGGACAGCUCCGAUAACCUGGCUGUUGAUAUCAGAAAAGUACAGCAGUCUUCUGACAGCGGUGUGGUGACCAUCGUUGCAGAAAUCAAUGUUUCCCAAAAUCUUGAUGAGUCAGGCCUCCCGGAGGGACAGGAGGAAGAAGUUUCCGAGGAGCAGGUAAUGGCAGCGCUGCGAUCUACGAACCCCCAACUCCACGAAGCACUAAGUGGCAAGGCGGGAGAAAAGAUGGCCCCCCCUCACAGCGCAGAUGACAAAGAACCGACGAUUACAGUUUCCACAGAUCAAGACGUGAGAGUGCAGGGAAUGAGCUGGACCGCGAGCAGCAAAGACGCAGGGAGCCCAAACGCAGAGCACUCAGCCCCCGACAUCAACAAAUCAGUGAAGCACAUUAAAUUGGGUCCCUCUGAGAAAUCAUUCACUUUCCAGAUGGAUGUCUCCCAGGUUGCAACUUCCACCACUGGCAAGGGGCCCCAAGAAGCAAAAGCUUUUAAUUCCCAGGCAGAGUUCACUGACGGAGCCAACGGGAGGGCAGUCAGGGAGGAAGUCUAUCAGUACGUGCAAAGGACCGGGGAGGAAGGGGAGGAGCAGGUAGAGAUGUGGGAUCCCAGCCAAGGUCAAACAGCAGCACAGUUUGCGUUUUCCAAAGCACUGCAGCAGCAAAGAAUAGUGGCCCCCCGAUCAGUGAUCAGCGAGGAACAGAGAAUUGCGGCUGUUUACCUGGACGAAGAUGACGAAGAUUAGCUGAAUGGACGUUAAGAGAUGCUGAAAAAGAUUUGCUGCUUGGUAAUUUGGAUUCACUAGCAGCAUCAGAGAUAACAAUAGUACCCCCCCUCCCCCCCCCGAAAUCCAUGCUGUAAAAUCAGAUGCAGAGUAUAUUUUAUUCCACUUGAGUGUGAGUUUAUACCUGAAAGUCAGUUCUGAAGCUACGAUGCUCAUUCAGGUCAUGAAUAAUCAUCCGUAACCAUCAGAAGCAAUCUUUAGCCAGGAUUUUACUGCUUCUACUUUUGAAUAAUUAUAAUGCGCAAGUAUGUAACGGUUUUGCUUAAUCAUUACAGGCCUGGGCACACCUGAAAUCCAAUUAGGUUCAAAACUCUUUUAGAUUUCUGCACUACAUGAUUUCAAAGAUUAGUUUCAAUGUGACAAAAUAGUUUCUGUCUCCAAGCUUCAUAAUAAUAAUAAUAAUAAUAACAAUGCUCAUGUUCUAGGAUACAUGACUAAAGGUAGAUCACUCCCCGACACACCUUUCUAGAAAUCUUUGAGAUGCCGUGCAAGGUCCUGCAGAUUGACUGCAGUGUGCGCGUGGUGCUCCUGAUUGCUGAUGCUCAGGCUGAUACAGUAGCUUGGUAAACCACACCACACAACACACUGCUUUUGUAGCUGACGCGUGCACCCUGUAGCAUGGAAUGGCUUCAAUGGCAUUAUCACAGCCACGUUGUAAACAUGCUGAAGAUUUUUGCUUAUUGUUCUACUUUAACUGGGAGAAGAGCAGGUUUUUUUGUUUUUUAAUAUACAAAACUUUGUGUGCUGGUUUUGUACAUCUAACCUUGUACGCAGUGUUGAGUUGCGUCUCUAGCAUGGGACGCUGAUCUGCAGGACAGAGCUCACUCACUGCAGGGCGGAAAAAACACAGCCGCCUCAUAGAAAUACCCUUUGGGCAUUCCCGAUCCCACACUAGGGGGUUCAUUCUGUGGCACUGUUCACCUGCAAUGAGUAACCCAGCAGCCGAAGCAAAGCAGACGUUGCUGCUGGACGAAAGGAAAAGGUUUUGUUUCUAAGUCUAGGACGAUGGCUGAAAUAUGUUCUCUUAAUGUUAUGCAUAUGUUUAUAAAUAUGACGCAGCGUCACCUUUUGUGUAAGACCUGAGGUUUAUCCAUCAUGAACGGGGCAUUUUGCAAACCCCCUUUCUCCAGAUGUGUCCCUUGAAAGUGCCCUGCCUGUCAGUUCUGACCGCACCUGGUCCUGUGGUGUGUGCUGCCCUCCUUUCCACCCUCAUGCCAGUACAGCACGAGACCCCCAAACACACGGGUUCCGACAGGGGUGCUGCAUCUCUUGCUUCCUUUAUUUUAGAAAAACUGAUAUGCAUGUUCAAAUUUUUUGGCAGCUUUGAAUUUGUAUUUUUGGUUUGACACAGGUCAGCAUAAUUAAGAAAAUAAAAUAAAUAAAUAAAUAAA